CUUUUGGUUCGUGUGUGCAGGAAGGGAAUAUUAUAGGAAAAAGUACUGUGUUGACUUGCGGUGUGCACCAGAUCGACGUUUGUGAACGAAACUGCACUCUGUAUUUUCAUGGAAAUUAUUCAAUUUUUAUCAAAAGUGUGCGAUCAUCGACAUUUUACGUGUCAAUAUUUUCCAAUAGCUUUUCAGAUUAUUUCAUUAAUUUUCAAUUAAAAAUUCCUCGGAAAUGUGUUGUUGAUUGAAUUCGUCAAGACUGUUGCUCAGGCAAAAUAGUUUUGGAUACAACAACGAAAUUUUUUCGAUCCUCGAACGAAGCUUCGUUGAAACAACGAAUCAAUUUCACAGGAGAGAUCGUUAAAUGUGCCGGGCAAAUUAUUUCAAGAUUCCACCAAAAUUUGGUUAUCAGAGUCGCCACUUUUUCAAUGCAAAAUUCCCGUGAGACCGAAAUCUAUGGAUGUUCGGUGCUCCAUCAAUACGUUCGAAAAUAUCUCUUGAAAUGCUCAACAGCCACAAAAUAACGUUGACAAAAUGAGUAUUGUUCACUCGCCAUUAUUUCCCAGCUCAUAGAAUAUCGACAGUAUAUAUUUUUUGCGGAGCCUCCCUCUCGGGUAAAUGCUUUUCGCGUGGAGAGAUUCUCGGUGGUAUGCUUUGCCCAUUGACUAUCUAGUUUGAGUGGCGAUAAAGUGAAACGUGCGAGGGAGAUAUGUCCCCACGAAGGUGCUCUAUACAUAGCGUCGCAACUUGAACCAUCUCCGUUAUAAUAGUGUUGUCUCGCGGUGAUUGGAAAAAACAAUUACUCAUGGAUUAAUGCCCCAGUCACGAGCGGUGCAAUCUGUGCUUUUGGCAAACCGGUUUAAUUGGACUUUACGCAGGAGGUAACGUUGGCUAAAAGGCUAAUUCAGGAAAAGGCAUCGGUUCGAUAUAAAAGUCAGAGUCUUUUUCGAGAGAAGAUUCCUCAAUAAAAAAAAAUCCCACGAUAUAACACACCGAUAAACUGUACCCCGUCGUUAACGAUCAAACGAUUCGAUGUACGAGUUUAACGUGAGAGUGACUAUGAACGAAUAUAAAUUACUCCAAGACCCUACAGUUUCAACGAUCCAAGACUUUACAUCUAAUAACAAAAGUGACGGUGCAACUAAGUUUUUUCUAUCUUUCCGAUCAUCUCUAACGAUCGAGCUGUGCUGAUCCCGUCGAGCAGAACAAGAUCGCAAGCCCGGAGGUGGCAGAGAGGAGGAAGGGGGAGGCGAGAAGAAAAGGUCGUGGGACGAAGGGCAUCGGAGUCUGAGGCGGAUCCAGGAGCGGAGAAAGAGAGUCUUUAUCGACUAUCACCAAGGUUAUGCCAACGACCUUAAGCAACGCCGCGAAGCAUCUUGUAGGCGUGGGGCUUCUUCGUCAUCGCCGAGGUCCUUUUUUUCUCCUCCAUCUUCGUCUUUCUUCCCGGCGGGGGGUCAAAUAUAUCUAUAAACAUAAACACUACGGAGGAACGCACGUACAUAUCUCAUCUUAGUUCCUCGGCGUCGCCCAUCGGUUUGCGCCUCGGGGCAGGGGGUCGUCGCAGGUUUUCAUUGUUGUACAGCUGCGCGUGGAUGAGGCAGAAGUCACGGAGUUGUAUUCAUCACAGUUGAAAGGAUUGAAGAAAGUUGUUUUCUCUUGGUACGGCACCGUGUGUGUUUGCGUGUGCGUGUGGCUUUUUCGGUCUAGCAAUCUCGUAGCCGCGUUGGAAUGAUCUGCGAGCAGGUUGAACUGUUCGGGAUAUUGGAAAAUCGGCAAAAGUCAGUGAGAGAAGUCGCGAUGAUGUCGCUUCGGAGCAGCGUGACAAUCGCCGUAUCAAUGAUUUCGAGAGUUCCAAGCGCGAUGCACGACCUCAAACGAAAUGUCACGUUUUGAUUUCGGUUCGAAUGUAAUCCCAGCCACGCUCACGAAUGAUCGACUUUUAUAUUUUACCAAUGCUAACGAGCAAGUGGAUGAAAUUAACGAGCUACGAAAAGUCCAGCGAGUUUUACACAGCCUGGACGAACGGGGUGACGUUGUUGCCAGUAAUUAGCCGGCAAUGCUGUCGUUAUUGGUGCCUGGUGUAUCGUCGAGUUCGGUAAUGCCGUGAUAAAAUUUCCAGCCCACUUCGCAGAGCAUUACGUGCUCGGACGUUUAAUGAACGCAGAUCGGCGAACCACUCGCUAGUCACUUUUGCAUGCGUUAUGUGCCAAUACCCCAUUCCUCGAGCAUUUACAUAUGUACUAGUUACCAGUCAAAGCAAAUGACAUCCACUUCCGAACAUACGCGCUGAGCGUGCGUACGCACGCGUCCACAUAUAAAUUCAUAGACGUAUACGCUUAUGCCCGCAAGAACUGUUGUUAUUCGCCACCACCGGCUACGUCGUCGUUAACGAGCAGCAGGGAGCAGAGAUUCUCCAUCUCUACAGUCGCAUCGAGAAUCCCACGUUGCUCGAGGGAUCAACCCGACCGCAAAGAAACACAAACAGGAUGGACGCCGACAACGUAACCACCGUCAGUUCCGUUGGUGGAAAUAUUACGUCCGCAGAUGUUUCAUCCUCGCCCUUCGAGGACGUUACUGCGAUACUGUCGGCCGUCGUUCUCGGUAUCCUUAUUCUCACCACCAUCCUCGGAAACGUAUUCGUCAUAGCGGCAAUCGUAUCGGAGAGGAACUUACAAUCCGUAGCGAACUACUUAAUAGUGAGUCUCGCCGUUGCGGAUCUUAUGGUCGCGUGUCUAGUUAUGCCCCUGGGAGCUGUUUACGAGAUAAACUCGAGUUGGCCUCUUGGACCGACAUUUUGUGACAUGUGGACGAGUAGCGACGUCCUGUGCUGUACUGCUUCGAUAUUGCAUCUGGUGGCUAUUGCGGUCGACCGAUAUUGGGCCGUCACCGAUCUCAAUUACAUACAGGCGAGAAACCCAAGGAGGAUCGGUUUCCUCGUGUUUGCCGUGUGGGUCGUGUCGCUCGGAAUAUCAUUAGCACCGCAACUCGGCUGGAAAGAUCCUGGUUAUUUGGAUCGCAUUGCCGAGGGCAAGUGUUUACCGUCUCAAGAUCCUGGCUAUCAGAUAUUUGCCACAUGCGCGACGUUCUACCUUCCACUCUUGUUCAUCCUAUUUUUGUACUGGAGGAUAUUCCAGGAGGCUCGAAGGAGAAUCCACAAGAAGACACGAGCUACAGUUCAGCCGAAGCGGGAAAGAAGAGGGAUCCUGAAAUUCGUUCAACGACGGCCCCGGGAGGAAUCGACGGCGUUCACCAUCACGCGUUCGACUCCCGAUCACUCCUCAAACUCGCCCGAGAAAUCAUCGUCGUUGAACAACGGGGCGAACGUGACGAGUCAGCCGACAAGCUCCGUCGCAUCAACCACGAUGACACAAACGUCACAAACAAGUCAAAUCACAACGACGGCGACGACGACCACCACCAGCACAAUGACUACGAUCGUUACGUCCUGUCAACAGGCUCCGCCAGCUAUGACGACGAAAAAAAGCCGCGAGACUAUCGAGGCAAAGAGGGAGCGUAAAGCAGCAAAAACUCUCGCGAUAAUCACCGGUGCCUUCGUAGCCUGUUGGCUGCCAUUUUUUGUUGUUGCCCUUUUGCAGGCGAUAUGCCGUACGUGCGAGCCACCCGAUCUCGUCGCGAGUGUUUUCCUUUGGCUCGGUUACUUCAACAGUACCCUCAAUCCCGUUAUUUACACUAUUUUCUCGCCGGAAUUCCGACAAGCCUUUAAAAGAAUGCUCUGCGGAAGUGCACGAGCUGGUGCACGCUGACGAUGGGUCUAACUAAGUAUGUAUAAAUCUCAACAUUCACCUAUCCUUCAAACUCUCUUCUAUUGCCACGAAACUAAAAACGUUCAUCUUAAUUACGAAACACUCUAAUACAGAGUUUCGCUCAUAUUCCCGGGCAUACAAUUCACACGGAUCAAUGAAAACGUUAAGCAAACUAGCUCUAAGAUAUUUGACUGCAUUCCAAUCACUUGUAAUUUGAUGAAAAUGAGUAUUUAAAUAACGACGAAUAAAAAUGCAUUUUGAGGUCGUUUUUUGGUAGAAAUACACGGUCGAAACGAUGCUAACAUGUUUAUUUGGUAUUGUGUGCUUAAUUCGAACGACGUCAUCGGAUCACCGGGCUUCGAAUGAAACGUUGAGAAACUUUUUUUAGUCUCUGUCACCGAGCCUGAGAGCACUCUGAUAAGAAGCGAUUAGACUCGUUGGGAAAAAUUUAAAAGUCACGUAUUCGUGAAAAUUCCAUUGAAACAACGACGAGGAAGGAAUCUAUAUAAAUAUAAAAACUGUAGACUCUGCUUCGCUUUACACUUUCGGCUAGAUAAAUGAGGAGUCAAACUUUCCAGUUUUCUUUGGAUCCGACAAAGCCGGAGAACUUCGUUCUCGCUUUCAGCGAAGGUACGUACAUGGCUCGUGAUAGCGCGACGCUCAUCGUAAAAUGACUUCACGUGUGUGAGAAAACGCGCGUGACAUUUUCAUUCAAAAACUCUAACACCUUCACAUUCUUCUAUAUUUCUCGAGUCUUUUUAUCUGGGAAAGAAGCAGUUCCGAAUUGUGACAUUUAUCGUCGGAGUUGGAAAGCUAGAAACGUUACGUGGCGUACGACGCUCGGCGUUCAGAACGAAAGUCAAAACUCGGGACGUGCCUCGUUCCGAUUCUCAGGAAUGAACUCUUUCUGCAGUUUUUUCUUUCCGACCUGAAAACCGCGUUCGCAUAUAUCGAAAAUCCGGCGCAGUUCCAUCAUUUGAAAGCACCUUUUUUACUCACAAAUUGUUUUACUGUUUUUAAUGUUUAAACGGAGAUAAUUAAACGGCAAUAAACAUUGCAAAUAGAACGUCAAAAGUUACUAAAUACUCCGGUAAAAGUUCCUACUUGGAACAACAAAUGGCAUUUAAUUUAUUGGAAAAUUCAAUUUUUAUCCCAUAAUAAUAUGACGAAUAGCAGCUCGUCACCGCACUAUCGUUACUCACGGUAAUUUCUCAAAUUUAAUUCCCUCCGUGCGUGAAGUAAAAUCAUUUUUUGUAGUGCACUGAAAGGAAUGAAAUAAAAGUUAGUCAUUGGUUCGAUGCAUUGCAAAACCUAAAUUUGUAGAAGUCUCAAGGGAUCGAGGUUUCAAAAUAAAAAGUUUGCGAGGAAUCCUCUACAUCAAUAUUAAAUAGUUGCACGUAAAUCUGUAAAUGAAUAUGUCAAAUUUUCGAUUUGAAAUCGUUUCCCCAACGACCUCGAUCAUUUGAUCAAUUCGUUGAGAGUUCAUUGCAAAAUCUAUUAAUAUUCUUUUCAUUGCUUAUUUAUAGUAUCAAUUCUAGUAAUGAAUAUUUUUUUUAAUCAAACUUUGAAACUGUGACGAGGAGGAUCGUUGGAGUAAUUCAGCACGAAAUAGCCCAUGUACGUAUUUUCCAAGAAAAUGUGUCGAAGCUUUGAUCGCAGCAAAUCCUCCGAUCUAAAAGGAUUCGAGGUUCUCGCUUGGAAUACUCAAAGACACUGAACAAAUAAUUGGAAGCCAAAGGAUUCGCCGUAUUCACGACUUCUUGCUCGCUUGCUUUCGCCUGCGGCAAUUUUUUUUGACCCUCUGAUAAAUUAGCGCGUUCAAAUGUUUUUUUGGCGGAUUCCGAUUCCCGGAACUAUCAUACAAUUCGAGUCUCACAGUUACAAAGCGAACGGAUAUAAGGAUAGAGAAAGAAGACUUAAUUGAAUUUUUGAUCGUGGAUGUUCUCAGCCAAGCAAUGACGUUAAUUCCUAAAGAACUUUCUGUCCGUGGCAAACGAACAGGAAGCGGAAAAAUUCUUGUCCAGAGGAAAACAAAGGAUACUUCGUGUCGUUUGCUUUCUUCAAAAGCUUCGCCUAAGCCGUUACCGCAAAGUUUUCACGGACUUCUUCUAUACCACUCGCUCCGUCACUCCGGGCCUUUCUUUUCGUGCGUCCUCCUCCAGGUCACCGCCAUCACCAUUCCAAAUUUUCCAGAACUCCCUUAACGUCCUCGACCUCAUAUCCGCACCUGUUUUCUACUGCUCACACUUUUUUCUCUCAUAAGUGAAAGAAAAUGAGCUUUGCGAAUUGAGAGAAAUAUUUACCUUCAUUUUGUAACAUUGUUCUGAGUUUCUGAGUGUACUCGUGCCGGGCAUCGCACAACUUUGCUUUCCCGGCACGAUAACAUCCUCGUAUGACUCAAAAAUUUUCAACUAAAACUCAUUCUUGCGACAAAUUUUCACGAGUUUCUUGAACAAACGAAGGCUUAUGGAAGCGCAUAUCAGCCAGAAGUAUUCCAAACACUUGAUUAGACAAUGAAGCAACAAAACGAAUGAGUCGCAUGAAAAACUCUCGCGUAUACUCGAAACUUUUGAAAAAUCUCACACCACCUUCGAUCUCGCACAUUCGUAGUUAACCGGAAACUCGUGUAUACUCUCGACUCUUCGAACGUUUCCCUUAACGAAUAUUGGUGUAUAUUCAACUAUUGAUCCGCUCACUUGUUUUCCCCGCGGGCUCUUAUAUACGUACAUAAGAAAAAUGAAUAUAUCUAUACACACUUGUCUCCGUAGUGCUUAAAAUAACAUGCCUGUGUAUGCAUAAGACUUUUCAAAGAUUCACGUGAUACUUUAACCACACAAACGAAAAACUGAAAAUUGGUGCUUGUUCAGUUAAGAAAACGAAGAAAUAUAUGAAUAUAUGAAAUACUUUGAAAAUAAGUUUUAUUCGAAGGGUUAAAUUUAAUCGGUAUUGUAAUGUGUAAAAAGGCUUCAAAUUUUUAAUAGUCUUUCUAGCAUUGUAAGAUACAUUUCAAGAUCAGAUGAUCGAACGACGGUGAUGAAAGAUAUUUUUUAAAGGUCUGUCCUAACCGAAAGACAUUUUCAUUUGUAGUCGAAUCAAAGUUUAUGCAACGAGAGCAUAAGAUGGCAAUGUAUCUGAAGAAUGGCUGAUUUCUUGUGCCAGCGCAAAACGUUGCCUUUUUUUUGUCAUUCCAAGCAACGCAAUAGUGAAUCUUUAAUGAUAAUUCAAAAUUUUCUAUUCAUCGUUCAUCGUCAUGAAACAUGCGAAUGCAACCACCGAUGGAUGAAUGCCCUGUGAGAAUGCUUAGUGAAUGAUGAUAAUUUGUCUAGAAAUUUGUACGCUUUCGUUUGCGAUCGAAAUAUAUAUACUAGAUAUAAAUGCCGUACGAAAAUACGUUAUGACAGAAAAAUGUAUGAACGAUUCAUGAGUUUUUUAUGUAUGAGAAAAAAACAAGGUUACCAACACAAGUGAUCAUAGCGAGCAUAAAUAAAAUUGCAGUUUUAUAAACUCGUUCGUUUACGAGAAUAAUGAAAUCCCAUUAUAUUUCUGGGGCGUUAAAUUCCUUCCCAUGAUUUUAGUCGUCACUGUAAAACUUUUGGUGAUUCUAUCGGCAGAUACCGUAAUCAAAAAGUGAGAAGAAAAAAAAUUAUGUUUCGUUUCCAAUCCCGCAGUGUAACGUUGCAAAAUUUCAUUGAACUUUGUACAGGUAGUAUGCGUGGCAAUGUCGAACGAAUAAGUUUACUUAUGGAAUAUCAUCGCGCCAAUGGAAUGGAAAUAAUUUACUGACGAAAGGGGCUUGCGGAAUGUGGUUUUUUUCUCGUCAGGACUAGGAAUAUAAACGGGCGGUGAUGAUACACAUAUUCGGGUAUACGGGGUUGGCAAUUAGCCAGGCGAUAAGGCCUCGCUUGUGUGAAUGCGCUGACAUGAAAGAGCGUUAGUGAGAAAGCGUGAGUGUUAUUUUAUAUGGAGACGUAAGCUAAAUAUACAACUUGUAAAACGCUGUUACAUUAUGAAACGAAAGAUUGUUGUUACGCUAAAGAUAUAUUUCGCUGUAGAGAAGAGAAUCUUCCGAUAGCAUAGUAUUUGAGUAGCUUGAGGGGUGCUGGUCGAAAGGAACUGUUCGAUUAUCAUUGAGAGAACAUUUCGAUUGUCUCGUCGCGCAUACCAAUUUAACGAUCGUAGAAUUCAUAAUAAUGUAUUAUAAUAUUUGAACACACCAACGGAAACUUCAAUAUUUGUACAUGGAAAAAAGUGCUUGUGGAAAUUUCACGAGCUGAUGCUCGGCGGAGGGUCUUUCGAGUCAACGUGUGAGAACGUUUCAAACCCUAGAAAAACGUCGGACGAAAAUGUCGUCCAUGUACGCGAAAGAGCCUGAGAUGAACAUCUCUUAAAAUUGUGUUGAAAUGAAACUAUAAAUAAGCCACAUUUCGUAGUGCUGCUUUAACUAGUUCCAGUACAAUAGUGGUGUGAAGAAUAUUGAAUAAAAUUGUAAGGGCGGAUCAAAGUUACAUUUUAAUUGUAUAAAAAUGAGGAUGCAACACGCGGCGCGAUAGUCUAUAGAUAUUAUAUAUUUACUCUCUGAUACUUCAGCGGACCGAUAUCGGAGGGGUAAACUGUAUCGAUAAGUCGUUGAGUUUGAUGAUAUAAUAAAAAUUACGAAAAAACAAAA